AUGGUUCACUGCCUCAAACUUAUCUGGAGAGUCAGUUCAUUUGGCCCCUCCCUAUGGGUACAAUGGAUACACUGCUACCUGAUACGCAAGGGGUCAUUUUGGUCGAUUAAGGGAAGCGCAAGCUCUGGCUCUUGGGUGUGGAGGAAACUACUUAAGCUCAGAGACAUCGCAAAGCCUUUUCUGAAGAAAGAGAUAAGAAGUGGGAAACAAACUUCUUUUUGGUAUGAUCAAUGGUCGAAGCAUGGUAACCUUAAAGAAAAAAUAGGAGAUCGAGGUGUUAUUGAUCUGGGGAUAUCUGAGAAUGCGACAGUGGCGGAGGCGUUGGGGAGACGCAGUAGAAGAAGACGUCAUAGGCUGAGUAUACUGAAUGAAGUGGAAGAGGAACUAAACGCCCUUCGAAGCAGUGCUUGCCAGGAAGAUGAUAUCACAUUGUGGAGACAAGCUGAUGACAAUUUUGCAACCAAAUUCUCCUCUAAGAGAACCUGGGAACAGAUACGAGGAAACCACCAUACCUGUACAUGGAGCAAAGGAGUUUGGUUUCCCCAAUCAACUCCGAAAUACUCCUUCUUUCUUUGGCUUGCAUUGCGUGGUAGACUUCAAACUCUGGACCGAAUGCAACAGUGGAUAACGGGACUCGACACCACCUGCGUCCUCUGUAACGACACACAGGAAUCAUGCUCCCACCUCUUCUUCGAAUGUCGCUACUCAGAACAGGUGUGGAAAACGCUAGUAGGAGGAAUGAUGCACGAGGGAUACUCUGCAGAUUGGAAUGAGUUAGUUGAGAUUAUAUCCAAACCUUGGCUUAAUCCAACGAUGACAUUCCUCAUCCGAUACACUCUAUAA